UUACUUCCGGCCGAUUGCCUCUCUCUUUCCUUUUGCCUGAAUGUAAGAGGAGCAGGGCGGACGCAGUCCUCCGACUCUAUCCGACCCCAUCGUCCCUGAAAGGCACCUUGUUCCGUCGCCAAAAUGACCGAACAGAUGACAGUGAGGGGGACCCUGAAGGGCCACAAUGGCUGGGUCACCCAAAUCGCGACCACCCCUCAGUUUCCCGAUAUGAUUCUGUCUGCGUCCAGAGACAAGACUAUCAUCAUGUGGAAGCUGACCCGUGAUGAGACCAAUUACGGAAUCCCCCAGAGGGCACUGCGUGGUCACUCUCACUUUGUGAGCGAUGUGGUCAUCUCCUCCGAUGGGCAGUUUGCCCUGUCUGGCUCCUGGGAUGGGACGCUGCGUUUGUGGGACUUGACCACCGGAACCACGACUCGGCGCUUUGUCGGCCACACUAAGGAUGUCCUCAGUGUUGCCUUCUCUGCUGACAACCGCCAGAUUGUGUCAGGGUCGCGGGACAAGACCAUCAAGUUGUGGAACACCCUGGGUGUCUGCAAGUACACUAUUCAGGAUGAGAGCCAUACUGAGUGGGUGUCCUGCGUGCGGUUCUCUCCCAACAGCAGCAACCCCAUAAUUGUGUCCUGUGGCUGGGACAAAAUGGUCAAGGUGUGGAACCUGGCCAACUGCAAGCUGAAGACCAACCAUAUUGGCCACACAGGUUACCUGAACACUGUCACUGUUUCUCCUGAUGGCUCUCUGUGUGCUUCCGGUGGCAAGGAUGGGCAGGCAAUGCUGUGGGACCUGAAUGAAGGGAAGCACCUGUACACCCUAGAUGGUGGAGACAUCAUCAAUGCCCUCUGCUUCAGCCCUAACCGAUACUGGCUGUGUGCUGCUACUGGUCCUAGCAUCAAGAUCUGGGACCUGGAAGGAAAAAUAAUUGUUGAUGAGCUGAGACAGGAGGUCAUCAGCACCAACAGCAAAGCUGAGCCACCCCAGUGUACAUCGCUUGCCUGGUCUGCUGAUGGGCAGACCCUGUUUGCUGGCUACACUGACAACCUGAUCAGGGUUUGGCAGGUUACCAUUGGAACCAGAUAAAGAAAAAACUGGCAACAAUUUGGCUCCAAACCAAGAUGUUGACCUUAAAUAAAUUAAAAAAAAAAAAAAAAA